AUGAAUAAAAAGAAUAAAAAACUAAGCAGAUAUCGAUAUUGUGCAAUGGUAGGGUCAAUGAAUUCAUAUUUAUAAGUCUUGCUAUAAAAUAAAAUUAUCCAAAAGGAUCAAUUUAAUGCAUAUCAAAGUAAGAAAGACAAACUAUUUGCAAGAAUCAUAAUACCAGAAGUUUAAGAAGCUGGAUUUAAGCUAUAAAUUCAUAUUUCAAUAUACUAUUAGAUGUUGUACCCCUUUAAGAAUGCUGUGUUUUUUCUUUCAAAAAGUGAUUUAGACACUUAUCAAAUGGAUUUAAGAUAAAAACCAUUGAAUCCCAUAAAAUUACUCAAAUUAUGUAUGUUAAUAUAGUUUGAAUAAAUGUUAAUUGUGUUAGAAACAGAUGAUUAAAUUGAACAAUUCAAAAUUAUCCUAAAAGAAAUUGAGUAAUAAAUCAUAAAUGCAUCUGAUUAAAAUAAACUUGUUACAAAUUUUUCAUAUGCAACUAAUGAACAGUUCAAGUUUGAUUUAAUCUAAAAAAUGCCUAUAAAUCCAGAUUUAGAAACUAAGUAUUUAGAAACAAACUUUGUUGUGACAAAUCUGAUAAAUGAUGUAAGUGCAGAGGUUGUUGUAUUCAAUGGUACCAUAUUCAAAGGGCAAAAAUUAUAUAUCGACAAAGAAGCGAUAAUAAUUUAGAAGAUAGUAUCUUUCAAUCAAGAGGUAGCAUUGGCCUUGGAGGGUAUGAUAGUUUAGAUAACAAUUGAUAAAAAGACAUAAUUUUAAGAAGGGACAGUAGGAUGUUAUACUUAAAUUCUUCUGGCUGAAAUCAAAAUUGAAGUCUUUUCCUAACUCCCUAAACAGGAAAAACCCCUUUUGUGUAGUGAUUUUUUCUAUUAAAUUAAUAAUUGGAAGAAGCCUGUCACAAUUGAGAAAAAGUAGAAAAAAAUAUCAACUACUCUGCAAUUAUCUGUUAAAAGGCAAUUAAUGAGCUUCAGUAGAUGGCCGAAUGUAAUAAGUUUCUCAAAUUUGAAUUCUUCAAUCUUAGCCUUAGGUAUUGUUCAUAAAAUUCCACAGGCGGCACUUUCGCCUGCAUUGUUAAUUCCUACCUAUGGAUUUGAAUAGUAAUUUACCUAAGAAAAUGAUACAAUGAGAAAGUUCAUCUGCAGAUGUAGAUCUUGCAAGAUGUGGAUGAUUGACACUGUAAUGAUACCGUGUGGACAUGUUAGAUAUUGCAGUGGUUGUGCUGAUUUAAUGAGAGAAUGCUAUUAUUGUGAUCAGAAAUCUCAUUGUUAUGGAGUGAUUAAAAUAAAGGAGUGUAAUCCAAAUAUGCAUCGUAUAUUGAUAAAGGGCACUUUGGAAGAGGAGUUUGUUGACCAUACGAAUUUUUAAGUGCUGCCGAAAUUAGUGUAAUUUGAAAUGGAGUAAUAGGCUUUGAGUCCAAAUUUGUAUUUUAAAUGUGUGAUGUGCUUUAAAGAAUUGAUAUCUCAUAUUUUGGUUGACAAAAACUUGAAAUAUUAAUUUGUGUGCAACUAUUGUGCUAAUUAGGCAAAUAGGCAAGAUUGGAACAUUGUGCAAAUACAAUAUCAAUGUCUUUGA